UCAAGGAGAGGCUAGGAUUGCUCACAAAUCCAAAACACUACUAAAAAAAUCCUUAUCUUAUCAUCUCUAAUAUUUUCACAAGAUUUUCUCCCAAUAAAAAGGUCUUUCAAAACCAACACUUUCUAUCUUUUUUUUUUUUUUUCAAUCCUCACUUUACUAUUCCAGGAAUCAAGCAAUGAAGCUGCAAUUUCAGUGAAGUUGUUAAAUUUGGUAUACAAUUGAAAGUCGAAACUUUUUCCAAAUAUAUAACUGUUUUCUUUGAUAGAAAAUAAAAAAAGGUUAUAGAAAAUGGCCCCAAGGUCAGGCAGGGGAAAAUCAAAUAAAGCAAAAGCAGAGAAGAAGAAGAAAGAGGAGAAAGUUGUUGUUCCUAGUGUUGUUGACAUCACUGUCAUUACUCCAUAUGAAUCAGAAGUUGUGCUCAAGGGUAUCUCCACUGACAAGAUACUAGAUGUGAAAAGGCUGUUGGCUUCUCAUGUGGAGACAUGCCACCUUACAAACUAUUCUUUAGCUCACGAGGUCAAAGGGAAGAGAUUGAAUGACAAAGUGGAAGUGGUUACUCUGAAACCAUGUUUGCUCAAAAUGAUUGAAGAGGACUACACGGAGGAAGCUCACGCCGUGGCUCACGUGCGGAGACUCCUAGACAUCAUAGCGUGCACCACGAGGUUCUCGAAGUCCAAACGACUCCGAUCACAAUCAUCAUCAGCAUCGCCUGAUUCAAAAUCCAAAAAGGUCAAUAGUAGGCGCCACCAACCCAACAACAAAGCUCCUCCUCCUGCGCCGUCCGAUGGAGGAGAAGAAUCAACAUCAGAAACGACGUCGAUUUCGGCGGCGAUUUCGGAGAAUAUGGACAUGGCUGCCAUUUAUCCGACCCCGAAAUUAUCGGAGUUUUACGACUUCUUUUCAUUCUCUCAUCUCUCUCCUCCCAUCCUCAAUUUGAGGAGAUGUGACCCCAAGGAUGUGGAAGAGAGGUGUGAUGGUGACUAUUUUGUAAUGCAGAUAAAAAUCUGCAAUGGGAAGCUAAUACAGGUGGUUUCAUCUGUAAAAGGGUUUUAUACUGUGGGAAAGCACUUCUUCCAGAGCCACUCUUUAUUAGAUCUUUUGCAAAACCUCAGCCAAGCCUUUGCCAAUGCAUAUGAAUCCCUUAUUAAGGCUUUUGUGGAACACAAUAAGUUCGGUAAUCUUCCUUAUGGGUUUCGUGCAAAUACAUGGCUUGUUCCUCCCCUUGCUGCCAAGUCUCCAUCAACCUUCCCCUCUUUCCCAUCAGAAGAUGAACAAUGGGGUGGUAAUGGUGGAGGCCAGGGAAGAAAUGGUGAAUGUGAUCUUCGGCCAUGGGCUACAGAUUUUGCAAUUUUGGCUAGCCUUCCUUGCAAAACUGAGGAGGAGAGGAUUGUCCGAGAUCGCAAGGCCUUUUUGCUGCAUAGCCAAUUUAUUGAUGUCUCAAUCUUUAAAGCUGUAGCUGCCAUACAGUGUGUUAUGAAUUCCAGGUUAAAUGCCAAGGGCACUGUAAAUUGCCAUCCAGACUCAAUCCUUCAUGUGGAUCACGUAGGUGACUUGUCCAUUAUAGUAAAACAUGAUAUAACAGAUGUGAAUCUGAAGUCUGAGGUCAAGGUUGCUGGCCAAGAAUCAUCUGGCAUGACUGCUAAUGAAAUGGCUCAAAGGAAUUUACUUAAAGGGAUAACUGCAGAUGAGAGUGUAGUUGUUCAUGAUACUUCCUCAUUGGGCACUGUCAUUGUUAGACAUUGUGGGUACACAGCAAUUGUAAAAGUUGUUGGUGCCAUAAAGACGGAAAAGCUUGUUGCUCAGGAUAUUGAAGUUGAUGAUCAACCAGAUGGAGGAGCUAAUGCUCUUAAUAUUAACAGUCUAAGGGUUUUACUUCACAAGUCCUGCACUGCAGAGUUAACUGGAGUAGGCCAGUCGCAUCAAUCCAACUUGAAUGAUUCUGAAGCUUCUAGAUAUCUUGUUCAGCAAGUAAUUAAAGAGAGCUUGUCCAAAUUAGAAGAGAAGUCGGCUGCUCCUGAAAGGUCUAUUAGAUGGGAACUUGGUUCUUGUUGGUUGCAUUAUCUACAAAAGCAGGAAACUUCAACAGAUCCUACUUCAAAAGGACCUGCUAAUGAUUGUGAGGCUGAACCUACUGUCAAAGGUCUUGGAAAGCAAUUUAAAUUUUUAAAGAAAAGGGAUAAAAAACCUGGUAAUGUCAGUAGCACAGUUGACAAGGAAGAAAAUGACUCUGAGUCGUGCAGUAUGGAUGUGAAGUCUAAUCUAGGACAGCAAAGCGAUGGUAAGUCCAGCUGUGAGAUGCAAUUGAAGAACCUGAUUUCUGAAGAAGCCUUCUUGCGUCUUGAAGAAAGUGGAACUGGUCUUCACUUAAAGUCAGCCGAUGAGCUUAUUAAGAUGGCAUACAAGUAUUAUGAUGACACUGCUUUACGAAAUCUGGUAACAGACUUUGGAUCACUUGAACUUUCCCCUGUUGAUGGUCGUACACUAACCGACUUUAUGCAUUUAAGGGGACUACAAAUGCGCUCUUUGGGUCGUUUGGUUGAACUUGCUGAGAAACUUCCUCAUAUACAAUCACUUUGCAUCCAUGAGAUGAUUACUCGAGCUUUCAAGCAUGUACUCAAUGCGGUUGUUGCAUCUGUUGACAAAUUUGAAGACUUACCUGUGGCUAUAGCUUCUUCCCUAAAUUUCUUGCUUGGAAAUAGUGGAGUGGAAGAUAAUGCCCAAAACACAGAUGAUGACUAUUUUCUAAAAGUGAGGUGGUUAAGAAAGUUUCUUGCUGCAAAAUUUGGUUGGGAGUUGAGAAAUGAAUUCCAUCAUUUGAGAAAACUAUCCAUUCUUCGGGGACUUUGCCAUAAGAUUGGACUAGAGUUGGUUCCUAGAGAUUAUGAUAUGGAAUUCCCAACACCUUUCAGAAGUUGUGAUAUUAUUAGCAUGUAUCCUGUUUGUAAGCAUGUAGGAUGUUCUUCUGCUGAUGGCCGAACAUUGUUAGAGUCAUCCAAGAUUGCUCUUGAUAAAGGAAAACUAGAGGACGCUGUUAAUUAUGGGACAAAGGCAUUGGCAAAGAUAAUAGCUGUGUGCGGUCCCUACCAUCGAACUACUGCAAGUGCUUACAGUCUUCUUGCUGUGGUUCUCUACCAUACUGGAGAUUUCAAUCAGGCAACUAUAUAUCAACAGAAAGCUUUGGAUAUUAAUGAGAGGGAGCUUGGUCUUGACCAUCCAGAUACAAUGAAAAGCUAUGGGGAUCUUUCUGUAUUUUAUUAUCGGCUCCAACACAUUGAAAUGGCUUUGAAAUAUGUAAACCGUGCUUUAUUCCUUCUUCAUUUUACUUGUGGAUUGUCUCACCCAAACACUGCUGCAACAUAUAUUAAUGUGGCUAUGAUGGAAGAAGGCAUGGGAAAUGUUCAUGUUGCUCUCAGAUAUCUACAUGAAGCUCUUAAGUGCAACCAGAGGCUACUAGGAGCAGAUCAUAUACAGACAGCUGCAAGCUAUCAUGCCAUUGCCAUUGCUCUUUCAUUGAUGGAAGCAUAUUCAUUAAGCAUGCAACAUGAGCAAACUACAUUCAAGAUACUUAAGGCAAAACUUGGACCAGAUGACCUUCGUACACAGGAUGCUGCUGCUUGGCUUGAAUAUUUUGAAUCAAAAGCUUUAGAACAGCAAGAAGCAGCACGAAAUGGAACUCCAAAGCCAGAUGCGUCCAUUGCAAGCAAAGGUCAUCUUAGUGUAUCAGAUCUCCUCGAUUACAUUAGUCCUAAUCAAGAUUCUAAAGGAAGUGAUGUGCAGAGGAAGCAGCGGCGUGCUAAGGUGGUACAGAUUAUUGAAAAUAAAACCCAUGAUACACAUCACAACUUGGUAACAGAUAGUGCUGUGUUCCUUGAUGUCCCAGAGAAAACUAUGGAUACUGCAGAUAUUAAUGAAAUCAGAAUGACGACUUCUAUUCAUCCCCAAGAACCAGAAGAAACUGAUGAUAUUACUGGAAUUGAGCCAACAGUCGCAAGUGAAGUUGUGGAAGAGACAACUUCAGAUGAAGGGUGGCAAGAAGCCAAUUCUAAGGGGCGGUCAGGAAAUGCCACUGGAAGGAAGUUUGGAAGGAAGAAACCAGUUCUUGCAAAAUUAAAGGUGAACAGUUCUGAAUAUGAAAAUGUUAGAGAAAGCAGCACUAGGCGAGAAAUUAUUUCACCUGCGAGAAAAACUGCCUCCAAGAACAUUGUAAAGGAGGUACUGCCAGUAAAGCAAUCAAAGUCUCGUAGCUCAACCUGGGGGAAUUCCAUUAGUUUACAAGCUUCUGCUUCCAAAGGUUUCUCCCCUUCUGCAAAUCUUAGUGCCAUUGCUUCAAAAUCUCCUUCUUACAAAGAAGUAGCUGUAGCACCUCCAGGUACAGUUCUAAAGCCAUUACAUGAUAAGGUAGGAGAACAAAAUGAGGGAAAAACUGAACAGCAGACGUGCACCAUUCCAACUGAGACAGCAAAUGUGGAGGAUGGAAACAAUAUUCCUAUUGUUGAUGAUGUAGCAGAUGAUGAUGAUGAAACUGAAGGAACUCAUGAUAGUGAAAAUCAAUCAGAAGAAACCGCUCCUGAACUUGCUAAGGUUUCUUCUUUUAAUCGGGAAAAGCCUGUAAAAACAAAGGGGAGUAAGUUAUCAGCAUCAGCUGAACCAUUCAAUCCUGGAGCACUCUACAUGAAUCACCAAAUAAACUCUGUUGUUGUGACAAGUGGUUAUGAUGCAACAGCCAGUCAAGGCAUGCUUGCAGAGCCUGUCGGACCUCCAGUUGCUGCUCAUGUUCCUUGUGGACCAAGGUCACAAUUAUAUUACAGAAACAGUCAUUCUUACAGUAUGAAACAUGGCUUUCUGAGAGUCCAAACUCCUAUUUUGGAACAAAGUGGAUUUGGACUUCCGAGGGUUAUGAACCCUCAUGCAGCUGAGUUUGUACCUAGCAAAGUUUGGCAAACAACUGGAACUGCUGAUUCGAGUGUCUCAGAAGAGUUAAACUCUUUGAGUGAAGUUAUGAACACAGAAGUGAAGAAAGUUGAUAAGAAAUCCUGUAGGGAAGUAAAAGAUUCUAAUUUGAAAAAGAGUAGCGCUGAGGAGAAAUCAGAGCUAGCGAGGCAGAUUUUGCUUAGCUUCAUUGUCAGGUCAGUCAAGCAGAACGUGGAUCCUACGAGUGAGCCUGCAGUGAAUGACAAAAGGCUCAACCAUUCGGAAAAUUCUUCAGAUGCAGUUGCAAAUGACAGUGCAAUAAUAAAAAUUCUUUAUGGAAAUGAAGGGAAAGACUUGGAUUCUCAAUCCGGUAGCUGUGAAGAACCAAAAAAAUUAGAUGUGAGUAAAAAGAAAAUCGGGGAUGGCGAAGGCUUUAUGGUAGUAAGAAAACGAAGAAGAAACAGGCAGCACUUUCGAAAUGGAGUAACUGGGCUACACAAUCAGCAAUCGAUCUGUGCUUCCGUUAGAUGAAGAGAUAACCUGAGCAAACCGGGGCAAAUAACAAGGACAGAUUUGCCUGUUUGGUCUUUCCAGUUUUACAUAUCUCCUUGCGUGCAUAUGAACCAACUAGAAAUGGAUGGAAAAGCAAUUUAGAGAGAAAUUUGGUGGAGCCGGUCUUACUUCCUCUUUAUAUUGAGAUCCGCUUGGCAUGUGCUAAUAAUCUCUGUAAAUUGGUUCUCUUGUUUAGAAAUUUUCUUUGAUCAGUGAAAAGGCCAGUUGGCAAUUUUCGUA